GCGCGCAGUCUCUGGUCACUGCCGCCCGGGGGCUUUUGCCAGCGGCGCCGCGGGCCUGCGUGCUGGGGCAGCGGGCACUUCUUCGACCUCGUCCUCCUCGUCCUGUGCGGCCGGCCGGGUGAGGCCGGGCCCGCGUAGGGGGCAGUCGGCGGCUGCCUCCGGCGGAGGUGCCUCGCGGCGCCCGGGCCGGCCCGCGCCUCGGCGGCGUGCUCCAUGCAUCCGGAGCCCGCCCCGCCCCCGAGCCGCAGCAGCCCCGAGCUUCCCCCAAGCGGCGGUAGCACCACCAGCGGCAGCCGCCGGAGCCGCCGCCGCAGCGGGGACGGGGAGCCCCCGGGGGCCCCGCCACCUCCGCCGUCCGCCGUCACCUACCCGGACUGGAUCGGCCAGAGUUACUCCGAGGUGAUGAGCCUCAACGAGCACUCCAUGCAGGCGCUGUCCUGGCGCAAGCUCUACUUGAGCCGCGCCAAGCUUAAAGCCUCCAGCCGGACCUCGGCUCUGCUCUCCGGCUUCGCCAUGGUGGCAAUGGUGGAGGUGCAGCUGGACGCUGACCACGACUACCCACCGGGGCUGCUCAUCGCCUUCAGUGCCUGCACCACAGUGCUGGUGGCUGUGCACCUGUUUGCGCUCAUGAUCAGCACCUGCAUCCUGCCCAACAUCGAGGCAGUGAGCAACGUGCACAAUCUCAACUCGGUCAAGGAGUCCCCCCACGAGCGCAUGCACCGCCACAUCGAGCUGGCCUGGGCCUUCUCCACUGUCAUCGGCACGCUGCUCUUCCUGGCUGAGGUGGUGCUGCUCUGCUGGGUCAAGUUCUUACCCCUCAAGAAGCAGCCAGGCCAGCCAAGGCCCACCAGCAAGCCCCCCGCCGGUGGUGCAGCAGCCAACGUCAGCACCAGCGGCAUCACCCCGGGCCAGGCAGCUGCCAUCGCCUCGACCACCAUCAUGGUGCCCUUCGGCCUGAUCUUUAUCGUCUUUGCCGUCCACUUCUACCGCUCACUGGUCAGCCAUAAGACCGACCGACAGUUCCAGGAGCUCAACGAGCUGGCAGAGUUUGCCCGCUUACAGGACCAGCUGGACCACAGAGGGGACCACCCCCUGACGCCCGGCAGCCACUAUGCCUAGGCCCAUGUGGUCUGGGCCCUUCCAGUGCUUUGGCCUUACGCCCUUCCCCAUGACCUUGUCCUGCCGCAGCCUCACGGACAGCCUGUGCAGGGGGCUGGGCUUCAGCAAGGGGCAGAGCGUGGAGGGAAGAGGCUUUUUAUAAGAGAAAUUUCUGCACUUUGAAACUGUCCUCUAAGAGAAUAAGCAUUUCCUGUUCUUCCAGCUCCAGGUCCACCUCCUGUUGGGAGGCAGUGGGGGGUCAAAGUGGGGCCACACACUCGCUGUGUCCCCUCUCCUCCCCUGUGCCAGUGCCACCUGGGUGCCUUCUCUUGUCCUGUCCGUCUCAACCUCCCUCCCGUCCAGCAUUGAGUGUGUACAUGUGUGUGUGACACAUAAAUAUACUCAUAAGGACACCUC